AUGGCUACGUGUAUUCCGGAACCUUCGAUAAAAAAUUUGCUGGAAUCCGAAACGCUCCGAUGGAUUUUUGUCGGUGGAAAAGGUGGUGUGGGCAAGACCACAUGUAGUUGUUGUAUUGCCACUUUGCUAGCUAAACUGCGUGAGCGGGUGCUGAUUCUCAGUACCGAUCCAGCCCACAACCUGUCUGAUGCGUUCGAUCAGAAGUUCUCUCGGACACCAACUAAAGGAUUCGAUAACUUAUAUGCGAUGGAAAUCGAUCCGAAUCUGAAUCUGAACGAAUUGGAAGAGGAUUUGGUCGGUUCCGAAGAGGCUGCCAUCUCCGCGGACAUUCGUCGCAGUAUCUCUCACCUGAUGACUUCAUUCCCCGGUGUGGACGAGUACAUGUCUUAUACGGAAGUGUUUCGACUAGUGCGCAAUUUGGAUUAUUCGGUCGUGAUAUUUGACACCGCACCCACGGGACAUACACUACGCUUGCUGGCAUUCCCCAAGGCGAUGGAGAAAAGCUUGAGCAAAUUUAUUGCCAUGAAGAAUGAGGUACGUUUUCUGAUGGGCUUUUUCGGGAUGAACAAUAUGCAAAUGGGCGACUUGACCAAUGCGCUGGAAACUCGAUUGCCCAUUGUGAAAGAGAUCACACGUCAGUUCAAGGAUCCAACCCAGACCACUUUUGUGUGUGUGUGCAUUCCGGAAUUUCUCAGUAUGUACGAGACGGAACGACUGGUUCAGCUUUUCUCCAGCUGCCCAUUCAAUACCUACGUUUUGGAGACCAGUAAGUGCGUUCUUCAGUACUUCGUCUACGACGAAAUUAAACAGGAAUGGCGAAAUAGGGCACCCUUGACGGACACCGCUCCUGGUUUCGAACGAUUUACUUACCCCACCUUAGACCCUUACGCUACCAGAAGUAUGCAAAUACAACGUCCGCAAUAG